AUGCACUGGUUCAAACGCAUGAAUAAUUUCAUAAUGAUUUCAACAAAUGAUGCUGUGUUUCACAGGAAUGCACACGUUUUCCUUGGCAACGACGAAAUAACGAAAAACUUUUCUGUCAGUUCAAGCUUAGUACUCCUAGGAGAGAAAGGCAUGAAGUCCGUGACGUACAAAACUGAGAGCACUAUCUACCUCAGCCCAAAUGAACAAAGUGCCAAUAUAACUUGCAACAUUAACAGCAAACCGCCUCCUUCAACCGUCACGUGGAUCUUGGAUGAGUCCACUAAUUUAACUUUGGGCGGUGGUCAGGUUGUUGAUAACUGUUGGACGGUCAUCAUGGAAAAGCCUAACGGAGUAACAGAAAUUCAAUUAAACAUCAACCACGUAAAUAACAGUACGUUCAAAAAAUACAAAUUGAUCACUGAGAAUUCCAUAGGCCAGUCAUCAAUCACGGGCCUCCAAAACCCUUACACUCCCCACGCUUUGCCUUCUCUCUUGACGACCCCUUCUCAAGUGCCAACCAAUCAGACAUUCAUCUCGGAGAAACAAGCCAAUUAG